AUGGGCGAAGUGGAGGUGGAGCUGUACUGGAACCACGCGCCCAGAACCUGCAUGAACUUCUUUGAGCUGGCGAAGAGGAGCUAUUUUGACAACACGCUCUUCCAUCGGAUUGUGACCAACUUCGUGAUCCAGGGAGGAGAUCCGACCGGGACUGGGCGCGGGGGCGAGUCCAUCUAUGGCCCGACCUUCGAAGACGAGAUCCACCCAGGUCUCAAGCACACUGGAGCUGGCAUUUUGUCCAUGGCGAACUCAGGGCCUGACAGCAAUGGCUCUCAGUUCUUUAUCACCCUGUCGCCCCAGCCAUCACUGGACGGCAAGCACGCUAUCUUUGGCCGAGUGAAGCGUGGCAUGAAGGUUGUGCAGAAGAUUGGAUCCGUGGCUACGAAUGCCCAGGACAAGCCGAUCCAGGAUCUCAAAAUUCUGAGAGCCUCUACGGCUGUGGCCGCCGAUGCAAAUCUGGGCCUCUGA